UAACGGGUCUGGGAUAAAGCGCAAGUGUAUUUAUUUCGUUGGAUGCGUAUUAUUUUUGGUCGACCCGAGACACACUAUUAAUUUCUUUAUACGACAGAAGGGAAAAUAAUUCAACACAAAUGGCGAAUAAAUUGUCGUUAAAAUUGUAGGUUUAUUUUCAUAGAAAAACAGUGUCCAGCUCAGUAAGCGUUUGACAACAAUCGUCGUGUGAUCCUGGUAUGUGAGUAGAGGUUCAUCAUCAUUUCAUUGGAUGAACAUCCCGUGGUUGAUGAUGGAGGAGACAGGUCCUCGCAUAGCAGACUACUUUGUGGUAGCAGGGCUCACUGACUCCUCCAAGCCCUUAGAGGAGGAACUGCAGCUGGACGAUGUUCCUGGUCGCUCUCCCCGCUCGGCCCCUGGUGGCCGGCCCCUGGCCCCCAUCACAGACGUAGCUGUGGUUAUAUGCUCACUAGGAGAAGCGGUUCCUCAGGGUUACACCUGCUUAGAGUCCACCCCGUCUGGUCUGUCUGCAGAGCUGAACGGAGCCAGUCUCAGAGGGCCUCAGAUCUACCUCUGCUACAAGAGAGGCCGAGAUAAACCUCCUCUCACUGAUCUGGGGGUUCUGUAUGAGUGGAAGGAGAAGCUGAAGCCUGGCUGUCACAUCGUCCAAACCACUCCCUCUGGUCGCCCUGCCAACAUCAGCAGCUCCUCCUCCCAGCGCAUCUACAUCACCUAUCGCCGCUCCCCUCAGAGCCAGCCGCACACGUCAUUGGCUGUCACAGAUGUCUGCAUCAUCAUCCCGGGCAAAGGGGAGACACCCCCUCACACCUUCUGCAAGGUGGACAAGAACCUCAACAGUAGUAUGUGGGGAUCCUCGGUGUACCUGUGUUACAAGAAGUCACUGGCUAAAACCAACACAAUCGCAUACAACGCAGGUCUGUUGUGUAGGUACCCAGAGGAGGACGACGAGUCUUUUCCCUUGCCGGAGUCGGUUCCUCUGUUCUGUCUGCCCAUGGGAGCUAGCAUUGAGUUCUGGCCAGCACACACCAAACACUCCCUGCCUGUCUUCUCUACCUUUGUACUGACUGGGGCCUCUGGAGACAAGGUGUAUGGAGCUGCCAUCCAGUUCUAUGAGCCAUACCCAGAGGACCAGCUGAGUGACAGACAGCGUUCUCUGCUGGGGCUACCGGGCACGUGCAGUAGCAGCGAGGGGACAAAGAGCGUUCACGCUAACAAGAGCAUCUGUUUGCUGUCACACUGGCCAUUCUUUGACUCAUUCAGGAACUUCCUGACGUUUCUCUACAGAUACUCCAUCUCUGGACCACACGCUCUGCCCAUAGAGAAGCACAUCUCCCACUUCAUGCACAAAGUCCCGUUCCCCUCGUCACAGAGACCACGCAUCCUGCUACAGCUGUCUCCACAUGAUAGUCUGAUGCUGAGCCAGCCUGUCUCCUCCCCUCUGCCUCUCAGUGGUGGUCGUCUCUCCACUCUGCUCCUUAACCUGGGCCCGAAGAACGCGACCACUCUGCUGGUGCUGGCCGUAACAGAACACAAGAUCCUGGUCCACUCUCUCAGACCGGCCGUACUGACCAGUGUUACGGAGGCCCUGGUGUCGAUGAUCUUCCCCUUCCACUGGCCGUGCCCCUACAUCCCUCUGUGCCCUCUGGCCCUGGCAGAUGUUCUCUCUGCCCCUUGCCCCUUCAUCGUGGGGGUCGACUCACGUUACUUUGACCUCUAUGUGCCUCCGCCCGACGUCUGCUGUGUCGACCUGGACACCAACAACAUAUUACACAAGGAGGAGAAGAGGGCCCUAACAUGGAAGAUACUACCACAGAAAGCCUGCAAACAUCUCCUCAAUACCCUGGGUAGACUGUACCAACAGUUGACUGAAGGUGGCCAAGUCAGCGGCGAGGAUGGUCAGAUGGAGCCCACUGCGAUUGACCCAGACCUGGCGAGCGGAGGGAAGAGCCUCCACACGCUAGAGAUGCAGAUCCAGGAAACCUUCCUUAGGUUCAUGGCGGCCAUAUUGAAAGGGUACCGCUCUUACCUCCUCCCCAUCACACAGGCCCCCUCCGAAAGGACCACGGACGCAAGCUCGCUGUUCGACUUGCAAGGGUUCUUGAAGAGCCGGGAUCGUUCCCACCAGAAGUUCUACUCCCAGAUGAUCAAAACCCAGAUGUUUAUCCGGUUCAUCGAGGAAUGUUCCUUCGUCAGCGAUAAAGACGCCAGUCUGGCCUUCUUCGACGAGUGUGUGGAAAAGAUUUACAGCAAUGGAAGCAAGAUUCAGAUGGACAGUGAUGGACCAGAAGACACCAGGUUGAUAGAGCUGGACGAGUCCCAUCGCAGUGAACACACAGUCUACAUCAACCCUCCUGAACUAAGACUGUUGGCUCAGGGAGAGGAGCACCCACUCUGCUAUAGCUACUCUGGGUUUCCGGUGCUGAGUCGUGAUUUGUUGGAGCUCCAGGAUGGACCUCGCCCCCCCUCAGCCAGCCUGACACAGAGACACACCAGUCCAGCCAGCCCUGCUGCCAUCUUUAGGCGCUCCAAGCAGGAGAUUCGCUCGGCCCAGCGGAUGGCUAAAACCCACGCCUCCGUACCCCAGAUGUGGUCUAAGUGUCUGCUGCGUCACUGUUACGGCCUGUGGUUCAUAUGCCUGCCAGCCUACGCCAGCGCAUGCCACUCCAAGGUGCGGGCACUACGCAUGGCCUACGACAUCCUGAGGAAGAUGCAGGACAAGAAGCUACAGGCACCUGAUGAGGUGUGUUACCGGGUGUUAAUGCAGCUAUGUGGACAGUACAGCCAACCAGUCCUGGCGGUCAGAGUUCUGUUUGAGAUGAAGAAGGCUGGAGUUCAUCCCAACGCCAUCACCUACGGUUACUACAACAAGGCGGUGUUGGAGAGCACGUGGCCGUCCACAGGAAGUAGAGGAGGCUACUUCCUGUGGGCCAAGCUGAGGAACGUAGUCCUGGGGGUAGGACGGUUCAAACAGACGGUCCAGAACCACAGCCAGAACCAAACCCAGAGUAGAGACACACAGCUAUCAGACUACAGUGAUCUGGACACAGUCAGUCAUGGCAGUGAAGACAGUACUAACGACUCAGUUGAGCGGGUCUCAAUCGAUACAGACUUCACUAAGAUGGACUCCAGUGAUGAUGGAUCAAGCACAGGUGGCCAAUCAGACCAAGGCUAUGACUCUCUAUCUAAGGAGGAGGAGAGGAUGGUGGGAAGGGACAGCGACAGAACACAGGAGAAGUCAGAGAGGGAGUCUUGUCCUCUGACUAGACAGGACCACACGACCAGCCCUGGUGACUCCAAAACUCCCUGUGGUACCAGACCAAAGAACCGGAGGCUGAGGCCCAACUCCCUGGACCUGACCGGAGGACAGGGGACUCUCAGGACCAUCACACUCAACUUCACCUCCACCACCAUGCAGGUCCGAGGCCCUGCUCCGAAACGCCCCCCGCCUCCGAACUGCAAACCUGGGAAGACCAGUCAGGCUGUUCCUACCCAGAACCAGAAGAGAUUGGAUGGGGGAGAGGGGGAGGAGGUAGAAGGCGGUAAGGACAGACAGACACCUGCCAAAGAGGUGGAAAGGAGGAGUGUGAACGUCAGUGGUGGAGACACUGAAAGGUCUGUAACCCACAGUGUUAGUGGAGAUGGAGACGGGUCUGUAACCCACAGUGUUAGUGGAGACGGGUCUGUAACCCACAGUGUUAGUGGAGAUGGAGACGGGUCUGUAACCCACGGUGUUUGUGGAGAUGGAGACGGGUCUGUAACCCACAGUGUUAGUGGAGACGGGUCUGUAACCCACAGUGUUAGUGGAGAUGGAGACGGGUCUGUAACCCACAGUGUUAGUGGAGACGGGUCUGUAACCCACAGUGUUAGUGGAGAUGGAGACGGGUCUGUAACCCACAGUGUUAGUGGAGAUGGAGACGGGUCUGUAACCCACAGUGUUUGUGGAGAUGGAGACGGGUCUGUAACCCACAGUGUUUGUGGAGAUGGAGACGGGUCUGUAACCCACAGUGUUUGUGGAGAUGGAGACGGGUCUGUAACCCACAGUGUUAGUGGAGAUGGAGACGGGUCUGUAACCCACAGUGUUUGUGGAGAUGGAGACGGGCCUGUAGAUUGCAGUGUCUCCAAACAGAGCAGUGUAAGAAACAGCAGUGAAACCGUGGGCGGAGCCGUGAAGAGGACAAGUAUCGUUGAGACUGGCUUUGACCCUCUGUCCAUUAUAGCAGCUGAGACGGAGACAGAGGGUGAUGGGGACAGUAGCAGUACCUCCACAGCCCGCCGGGACCUGGCAGAAGAGAUAGAGAUGUACAUGAAGGUUCUGAGCCCUCUGAGCAGCAGGACCGCCAGCAUGGACCUUCAGAACCCAUCCAGCCCGCUACUCCACGCCACCUCCACCCCAUCUAAACCCUCCUCCCGCCGACCUCGGCCCCUCAGCCUGACCCACUCCCCCUGUACCUCCCCCCGACCACCUCCUCCCUUGCUUCGUGCCAACUCGCACCUCCCCCUCUCCAGGCCCAAAGAACGUCUCCGUCCCUCCUCCCUGGUCUCCCCCUCCUCCCCAACUCUCAGUCUGGACAUGUUUAAGAGCAGCUUCCUGUCAGCAGGGAAGGGGGUGGCUGAGAAGGCCAGCAGGCUCUACUCCCGCCUGUCAUCACAGACAUCACUCUCACAGGAUGUGAACUGCGACCAGAUCAGCGUGUCAUCAAUGACCUCAGUGGACCCAGAAUGCACCUCUCUGUUGGAGGAGGGCUCUGUCCUGGACCCUGAAGGUUUCACCUCCUCCUACGCUUCGCCCCAGCACGACAGCAUCGCGUGCCUGAGGAGGAGCCCAGCCAGGGGACGCCUCGUCUCUCAGAGCCCCACCUCGCCCUGCAAGGUGUUCCGCCACAACUCCUUCUCUGGUGGUUUGGCUCCUCCAUCUAGAGGCCCACAGACUCCAGACUCUUCUCCUGAUGCCUCCCGCUUCUACCUCCGUCACCACUACACUACUGAGGUGUUGAUGUCUAGCUGCUGUCGCUGUAAGACAUGUGACUGUCUGGUGUAUGAUGAAGAGAUCAUGGCAGGAUGGACGGCUGAUGACUCCAACCUCAACACCACCUGUCCCUUCUGUGGCUCUUCCUUCCUGCCCUUCCUUACUGUACACAUCAGGGACCUGAGACACAGGACCAGUGACGAGGGUCACCAACCUUUAGGAGAGGACACGGCUGCUUCAGUCAACCCUGAGACUGCAGCUGGAGCACUGACACCCCAGUCAACCACAGCUCCAGCAGCGGAGGAAGAGGACACUGAGGGUGUAGCUGGGUGUCCACAGGACCCUGUCCCAGGCACAACUUCAGAUCCAACCUCAGCCCCAUCUCCAACCUCAGCCCCAUCUCCAACCUCAGCCCCAUCUCCAACCUCAGCCCCACCUCCAACCUCAGCCCCACCUCCAACCUCAGCCCCAUCUCCAACCUCAGCCCCACCUCCAGCCCCACCUCCAGCCUCUCCCCCAUCCCCUGCCUCAGCCCCAUCUCCAACCUCAGCCCCACCUCCAGCCUCUCCCCCAUCCCCUGCCUCAUCCAACCUCAGCCCCAUCUCCAACCUCAGCCCCAUCCCCUGCCUCAGCCCCAUCCCUGCCUCAGCCCCAUCUCCAACCUCAGCCCCAUCUCCAACCUCAGCCCCAUCUCCAACCUCAGCCCCAUCUCCAACCUCAGCCCCAUCUCCAACCUCAGCCCCAUCUCCAACCUCUCACCCAUCCCCUGCCUCAGCCCCAUCUCCAACCUCAGCCCCAUCUCCAACCUCAGCCCCAUCUCCCCCAGCCCCGGUGACGGUUCCCUACCUGAGUCCCUUGGUUCUGUGGAAAGAGCUAGAGUCUCUGCUGGGUAAUGAGGGGGACCAGGUGAUCAGUUCUCCCAGCAUCGUGGACCAGCACCCUAUCGUAUUCUGGAACCUGGUGUGGUGCUACCGCAGACUGGAACUCCCCUCUCAUCUGCCCGGUCUCAUACUGACCUCACAGCACUGCAGCCAGGGACACGUACCGCAGGUCCCAGCCCAGAGCGUGUCUUCAGAGGACAGUAAACAUGUCCUGGUUCGCAUCCUGUGGGACAACCCGUCACUCCACCAGGACUCUGUCCAGGCCCUAUACAUGCUCUGGCAUGCACAUUUCUCUCUCCCCUCAGCCAGUGGAACGGUGUAUGAGGAGGGCCAGCCCCAGGACCAUCUCUUCUCCUCUGAGGUCCUACAGGGUGCAGUGAGGAACAUCCAGAAGGGGGAUGUCUACCAGCCCAUGAGUCAGAUCCUACAGCUGCUGGGACCAGAGCUGGGCUUCAACAGACAGAGGAGUCUGUACAGAGAUCUCCUCUUCCUGGCGUUGACCGCCUUGGGGAAAAGCAACAUCAAUAUUGAUGCGUUUGAUCGUGAGUACAAGGUUGCUUACGACCGCCUCAGCCCCAGCCAAGUGAAGCUGACACACAACUGUGACCGGCCCCCGGGAGCAGGAGUCAUGGAAUGUAGAAGGAUGUUCGGGAAACCCAUUCUGUGACCCUCCCCCCCAUUCUGUGACCCCCCCCCUGGCUGCUAUCCAUCCAUCCAUCCUUCCCAAAACAUGACUGCUGCUCACUUACUACCAGCCCCUCUCUCUGUGGCCCCUCUCUGUGGGCCCUCUCUCUGUGGCCCCUCUCUCUGGCCCCUCUCUCUGUGGCCCCUCUCUCUGGCCCCUCUCUCCCUCUCUGUGGCCCCUCUCUAUGUG